AUGUCACAAAUGUUCGUCUUACACCCCUUGUUCGCUCUUCUGCUGUUGCUCUUCGCGAUUUGCCAUGCUGCCCCUAUGUUGGAGUCUCGAGCCGGCACACAGGUGGCGACCUUCGCCGGGGGCUGCUUCUGGGGCGUGGAGGAUCUCUUCACGAAGCAGUUCACGAAGGGGCUGUCGAAGACGACCACAGGCUACAUCGGCGGGAGCGCUCCAAAUCCCAAGUACAGAGACGUCUGCUCUGGCGCGACAGGCCACGCGGAGGCGGUGCGCUUCGAAUUCAACCCGAGCGUAGUCAAGUACGACGACUUAGUCGAGUUCUUCUAUCGCAGCCAUGACCCGACGGUUGCGAAUCGCCAGGGUUCUGAUGUCGGAAGCCAGUAUCGCUCCGUGAUCUUCUACACUACUCCCCAGCAACAGGCUAUUGCCCAGAAGGUCACACAGGAUGUCCAGAAAAGAAGCUCUUCGCAGGUGGGUGUCGUCAUUUAG